ACAGAGCUGUUAAUACUGAAAAACAGCUGACCAUCUAAGCAUUUGUUAUAUGAAUCAAUGUCAGCUUUUUAAAAAUAAGUUAUUUCUGGAGUUAGAAAUUAGUAAAAUAUAUAGAAUUACUUCGAAAUAAAGAAAAAUGUUCCGUCAAAUAACUACUCACAGGAAUCGUCAAAUUUGUUUGUCCAUUGUUGCCGUACGCUUGCAGCAUUUGUCAUCUCAACCUAAGUCGACGCACGAUGGCACAAAAAGUUCCACACUAGAACGCAUACGAGAAGAAUUAAUUGCCGACAAAGAGAAACUACAAUGGCGUAAGCCUGUUGGGGAACGGCCCGGCGAUUGGAAUAGUAAAUUAAAAGUAUUUGGAAAUUCGGAACAAACAUCUGAUUACAUCAUCAUGAUGCAGAAACCGAUAAAUCUCAGUCCCAGUGCUUUAAAGAAGUGGUGGCGCAAACGGAAGGAACGCAUUGAGAAACACAUGCAGCAAUAUGUUUCUGAGCGACAUGAAAUACUUGGACCUGAAUUAGCUGCAGCGCAUUUCUUAUUGUAUCGUGGGGGUGCGGUAAAAUUUUUACAUGAACGCAACUGGAUGCGCGCCAACGACGACGGAGAAUUUGAUUUACCAAAAAAAUAUCAUCCAGCAUUUAAAGUUGAGGGCCUUCGGUGCGACAACAUGACACUCUAUUAUGAAGGAUUGGAGAAUUUGCGUAAUUUGCAAGAAUUAAAAUUUCUUUCAUUUCACAAUGUUCGCACAUUUGAUGACUGGUGCUUGGAUCGUGUAUCUGCUUCUAGUUAUCCAAAGCUAGAAGUUUUGGAUAUAUCGGGAACAAAUUGCAAAACGAAUGGACUCUCAUGUUUAUACCGCAUCCCCACUCUGAAACUGCUAAUAGUGAACGAUCCCAAAGAAAGUCUGGAGUUCGAACUAGGAUGCUCGAUGUUGCAGGAAGUGAUACCAAAUUUAAAGGUUGUCAAUGCUUCAUCCAUACAUAAUUUAUAGGAGAAAAAUUUACAAUAUAUAAAACAAACAAAAAUGAUUUCUCUGCGAUAUUAAAAAUAUUUUAUAAAAC